GCGAUAUGGCGAAAAGUAAGCUCAAGGCUGCGCUGAUCAAUCAGCAAGGUCGCAACAUCAAGCUUGAGAAGCAGCGCAAGCACGAGAAGGAGGUUCACAAGCGGAAACAAAAGGGCGCGGAGUCCAAGGCGCAGAAGGACGGCGACGAGGAAGAUGCUGAGGAGGGGGGAGUCGCUGUUCCGUUGGACGAGGUAGAGGCCAAGCUCAAUGGCAAGGCGAAGAAGUCGGACAAGAGCAACAAGGAAGCAAAGUCUGCGCCUGCGGUCAAGGAGCCUGAGUGGGAGACGGAUGGUAGCGAUGACGAUGAAGAGGACGACAGCGACGACGACGCAUCUAAGCGGCCUGCGCUCGACCUUUCGCACCUCGACGACAGCGAAAGCGACAUUAGCUCGGAUGAGGACGAGGAAGAGGGCGAUGAGGAGGAAGAGGAGGAAGACAUUGCGCUCUCCGAUCUCGACUCCAUUGCCUCGGAAGACAAGGGCGACAUUAUCCCCCACCAGCGUCUCACGAUUAACAACACCGCCGCCCUCACCGCAGCGCUGCACCGAAUACAAUUGCCUUACUCGAAGCUUGCCUUUUCAGAGUACCAAUCCGUAACCACCGACGAGCCCGUCGAGAUUGCCGACGUCGAGGAUGAUCUCAACCGUGAGCUCGCAUUCUACAAGCAGUGUCUUUCGUCUGUCAAGGAUGCGCGGCAAAUGCUCAAGAAGGAGGGUGUGCCAUUCUCGCGGCCGGCCGACUACUUUGCAGAGAUGGUCAAGAGCGACGAGCACAUGGGCAAGAUCAAGCAGAAGCUGAUUGACGCGGCAGCGGGCAAGAAGGCGGCAGCCGAGGCGCGGAAGCAGCGCGACCUGAAGAAAUUCGGCAAACAAGUCCAGGUCGCCAAGAUGCAGGAGCGCGCAAAGGAAAAGAGGGAUACCAUGGACAAAAUCAACACGCUCAAGCGAAAGCGACAAGGCGCAGACAUUACAUCCACCAACGAAGAAGACCUCUUCGACGUGGCCGCCACCGCAGACGACGACUCCAAGCCCAGCCGUCGCGGCCGCGGCCCCGCCGACGGCAGCAAGCCCUUCAACGCCAAGCGCCACAAGAAAGACGAAAAGUACGGCUUUGGCGGCAAGAAGCGCCAUGCAAAGAGCAACGACGCAAAGUCAAGUGCCGACGUCCGGGACUUUUCCGUCCGCAAAAUGAAGGGCAAGUCCGGUGGUGCCGGUGGUGGUGGCGCGAGUAAACGGCCGGGCAAGGCGCGUAGGGCAAAGAUGCACUAGCGUGGUUUCGUAGAUGGUGUACCUGGCUGCGUUGAAGUGAAGAUGAAAAAAAUGGGACAUGGGGUUGCUCGUGUAUCGCAUAGUGGUCUGGCAGGCAUUAUCCAAUGGCGCUUUUGGCGUUAUGAAAUGGCAAUGGAAUGAUGGCUUUUUUUUGAGAAAAAGUAUGAUAUG